CAUACGCAAGGCGUCAGAUACAGUCGAAACGAUUCGACGCCGCGGAGAAGCUUAGAAAGUCGCGAGUUUCUGCGCCAGGAUGGAUCUCCGAUUGUUGGUGCCUCUGCUCGCGAUAAUCUUGCUCGCGAGGUGCGAGAACCCCCCGGAAAACACGACCGUGGACUCGGGCGCGAUUCAAACAGAGGACGUGACUUCGGCACCGACGAGUAUAUGUGCUGUGUGCUCUUGUGCAGAUAGCUUCGUGGACUGCAGUAACCGGAGUUUGGAGAGCCACUUCGAGAAGGAGCAAUGGAUGAACGUAACGGCCAGGGUAGUCUCGUUCGAGCAUAAUAGUCUGGUGCACGUCACACCUUUCCCGAGGAUAGUCGUCGAGAAGCUAAUUCUGCGAAGGAACCGUAUCGCGAGAAUCGACUAUCACGCUUUCAAAGAGCUCGUUAAUCUCACCGAAUUGGACCUGAGUCAUAACCAGCUCACGUCGAUGCAACUACAGCCGCACAUCUUUGAGGGGAAGUUUUCGCCAGAAGCGUACGAGCCUCUGUCUAAUCUGCAAAUUUUGAACCUGGCUAACAAUGACCUUCACUGGUUACAUCAGAGUCUAUUCGAGCACCUUGUCAGCCUCACAGUGCUGAAUUUAUCCGGAAAUCCUUUCGGCGUGUUCGAGUAUCGUACAUCCAUCGCGAUCAGCAGCUUGUCGUACCUGGAGGAUUUGGAUAUCAGUUAUUGCAAGCUGAAAGAAUUGCCGAAUUCUCAAUUUCACAAUUCCAAGCAUUUGAAGAAGCUGAACCUGACCGGCAACUUGCUCACAGUUGUGCCCAAGGCCUUGGAAGAGGCCGGGUCCUUGGAGUACCUCCGCUUGGAUGCCAAUCCGAUUCGCGUUAUCGAUCGUUUGAAUGCCUUUCCCAACCUGUCAAAUCUGCGGGAGCUUCGUAUGCACGGGAUGUCGAAUCUGACGGCGAUCGGGAACAGCGGGUUGUCGGCGUUGACCGGCCUGGAAAUCCUCCACGUGCAGAAUUGCGAGAAAUUAGGGAAAAUCGACGAGUACGCAUUGGCGCACAAGACCUCUGAGGGCAUGAUAUGGCCGCCGUUGAAAAAACUGAACUUGGCGUCCAACGCUCUCCGGUAUCUGCCGAUGUUGCUUGUUAGCAGGUGGGACAAGCUCGAAGAAUUGCGCCUGACGAACAACCAGUGGAGCUGCGAUUGCGGUAAUCAAUAUCUGGUCAGAAAUAUAUUGCCGAAAUUUGGCAAGACGUUGAUGGGAGACGAGGUCGAUAACCUCACCUGUUCCGCACCGCCGGAGCACGAGGGGAAAAAGCUCGCAGACCUGGCCGAUCGACAUCUACGCUGUUUAGACUUGUAUAACGCGAGACCGGAGAAGGAUGCCGCGAUACUCGUGGGGGUGCUGAUCGGUCUACUCGUCGCGAUCCCGAUCGGCAUGGCGCUCUUCGUCUUCUGGCGACGCGGCUUCUUCUUCUGCGGGUCGCAAGGUCCUGCGACCUUUUCUCGCGCCUUCUAUAAACGCGCGUCCAACGACGAUGACAUUUAAAAUAUAUAGAUUCGUUUGAUUCAUAAGUAAGUUCCGCUAUAGAUAAUUAUUGAAUCACUUCUUCUGAGAAAUCAGUAUUAUAUCCAUGUUAUGUAAUUUUAUCUAUUUCGUGUAGAGGAUAAUAAUGGAGAAUAUAUAGUAACAGAUUAAAAUUUAUUAUAAUGUUUUUUAACCCAUUUACAGCAAAAAUAAGAAUUUUGUGCCAUCAUUGUAUGAAAAAAGUUUUUUAGAUUUUUAUUAUAAUAUUAAUAUUAUUUAAUUUUAGUAUUAAUUAAUUUUUUAGGUCACUGAAAAUCUGAAUAUGAUAAACUUUCAGAAUUCAAAAUGGCAAAUUCAAUAUUGCAGAUUGGAAUUUAGAAAAAUAAUUAGUUUCUUAUAAAAAUGAUUAACUUAAGGUUUUCAAGGUUGCUAAAUCUGAAUAUCACAUCAAACAAUAUAAUAUUUUUAAUAAAGUUUAAAUAAAUUAUUUUUAAGUGAUUUUUUUUUCAGUAAAGUUUGAUCUGCUAUUUAGAAUAACAAAAAAUAACUGAUAUAUUUUGAUGCAGUGAUUGCAACAAUCUUGGAGUAUUCGUUUUUAUAAACAUUCAAUUAUUUUUCCAAAUUUUUUCCGCCAUUUUGAACUUUCAUAGAACAUCAAGUUGCAUGUAAAUUGCAAAGGGGUAAACCGGUCUUUUUUUUAGAUGUACAUAUAUGUUACAUUACAUACUGGUGGUACGUCUUUUCUCUGUGCACAUAUGCUGCAUACACUGUGAAGGGGUUAAAUAUACAAACUCAGUUUUGUUAAAUAAAGCGGAAUUUAUUUACGAACAACUCAUACAUUUAUGUAUAUACAUAUAUAUUUUUUGUAAUGCAGUCGGACUUUUUUGCUACGCUUUUUUUUAACAUAUUAGCAAACAUUGACAGCGAGGUACAAAAGAAUAGUGUUUAAACAUUGCAAUCUAAGUUGCAACAAGAUCCGCAACGUCGCGGAUGACGCAUCGAAUAUAUCUAGUCUAAGCCUUAUCAAAUACGCGUAGCGUAUCUUUCUAUCUAUUUGUACAUUUUUGUUAAGAUAUCGUAAAGCGCCAGUGUCGUCGCGCGAGCGAGUUACAGGUGUAUAUUUCUCUGUUCGAAUAAAGCGCACCAUUGUGAGACGCCGCGUUUCGACUGUACCGGCGUAUCGCACAUGACGCUCCGCAAUAAACAAACUUUGAAGAUUAA